AUGCACAAGCGGGUCAAGGUGUGCAUCCGCGUGCGCCCUGCAUCGAAGGAUCAUGCAGGCAUUCAAGUUAACGAGCAUGAGAAGGUAUAUGUGUCUGCCGCACGUCUUGGUGCUGACGACGCGAGCGUCUUACUUCAGACCAUCAGCGUCGUCAACGAACCAAACGGCAACGGGACGUGCUUUCAUUUUGACGACGUCCUGGGCAGCCAGGUAACGCAAGAACAAGUGUAUCAACGCGUUGCGGCGGAAGCGGUCGAGAGCGUCAUGAACGGGUACAAUGGAACGGUCAUGGCGUAUGGUCAAACAGGUGCGGGGAAGACAUUUACAAUGUCUGGAGGCAAGACAUGUUUUGCGGACCGAGGCAUUUGCGCCCGAUCCAUCUCGAGUAUGUUUCAAGCCAUGCAAAACGACAGCGACCACUCGUACAGCGUUCGUGUGUCGUACAUCGAGAUCUACAACGAGCAAUUGUACGACUUGCUCGACUUUUCCGAAACGAGCCACAAAGACCUCGUCGUCCAAGAAAACGACAGAGGUCAAACGUUCAUCAAGGGAUUGUCAAAACCUGCCGUGGACAACGAAGGCGCGGCGCUCGACUUCCUUUUUCAAGGCGACACGAACCGCACCAUUGCCGAGCAUUGCCUCAACAGUGCCUCGACACGGUCCCAUUGCAUAUUCAGUUUGCACAUUGAAAAACGGAGCCGCGAGGCCACGUCUAGCCCCGUUGUCGAGAGCAAGCUCAACUUGGUCGAUUUGGCGGGCUCGGAGCGCAUGAAGAAGACGCAGGUGACUGGGACGAUGUUGAAAGAAACCAUGCACAUCAACAAGUCGCUUACGUUCCUCGAGCAAGUCGUGAUUGCCCUGGGAGAUCACAAACGAGACCAUAUUCCGUACCGGCAAACCACCCUCACAAAUAUCUUGAAGGACUCGCUUGGUGGAAAUUGCCGAACGCUUUUGAUUGCAUGCGUGUGGCCAGACGAGUCGCAAAACGACCAGACUCUCGCGACGCUCAAGUUUGCAACUCGCAUGAUGCGGGUCAAGACGUCUGCUAUCGUGAACGUGACGCAGGAGCAACAUCAACAGGCCAAGAAGUACUUGGACGAGAUCAAGCAACUCAAGGUGGAGCUUGCGCUGCAUGACUCGCUUGCAGGUCGAAGCCACGUUGUGUACGAUCCAGUAUCUCGCGAACAAGAGCUCGAAAUGAAAGCUGCGAUCAAGGCGUUCGUGGCUAGCGAUGGCUCCAGUGCACUGCCAGUGGUGAACUUUGUUCAAGUACAGACAUUGUUUCGACUUUUCCGGGAGGUCGCGAUCGAGUAUCGAGAGGGUCGCUUGCCAGUAACCACAGACCCGGCCAUCCUGCCGCCGUACUCGUCACAAUCUUCGUGUCACGAUGUCAUGUCCGAAAAUCAGCAAGAUUCCAGCGUUCCCAACCCUUUGCUACCGAUGGACAACCUCCUCGAGCCCAAACACUCGAACGACACCGCUGUCGCCGAUGCGGCGCUGUUGGACGAGUUCAAGGAACACGUGGCAGCGCAGUUGGAGGAAGCAAAGCAGAGCUUCCGAAAGGCCAAGAAGAAAGUCGUUCAAUGCGCCAACGACGUGAAUCUGGCCAAAAGCGAGAUCGAUACUCUGUCGAAAGAGCUCCAUGCUGUAUGCAACGACGUCGACCAGCGCGAGUUGGUGGGGCAACUCAAAGACGUGAAAAAGAAAUAUCGCACAGCAUUUGAAGCCCUCUCAGACGCCCAGGCGGAACUGAAUUAUUUAAAGAAGACCAAAGACCAACUCGUGGCGAGUGCUGCGACCGACUUUGACAUUUGGUACACGUAG